CAAACAUGGGGGACAUGGUGAAGAAGGACUUGGAAGAUCAAUCUAUAUUGCCUUUGGAAAAUGAAUGUACCAGGAACAUGGGAGAAUUUAUGGAAGUUUCUCUCAAUGAAAGGGUUAAAUUUAAUGAUACAGGCUUAUCCAUGGUCCUACAGAAUGGCUUGGAGAAUCUCCGUCUAGAAAACUCUCUCACAGACGUUACCCUGUGUGUUGGCAGCAUGCAAUUCUCGUGCCACCGUGUGGUCCUUGCAGCAGCAAGCAAUUAUUUUAGGGCAAUGUUUUGCAAUGACUUAAAAGAAAAGAAUGAAGAAAAAAUAGUUAUUAAGGGAGUUGAUGCAGAAACAAUGCAGAUUCUUUUGGACUAUACAUAUACCAGCAAAGUGCUGAUUACCAAGGAAAAUGUGCAGAAAGUCCUUGAAGCUGCCAGCCUUUUUCAG